CGAGAGAGCCUAUACACACACACACACACAUCAACUAGACCAACAAGAAUUCAAGAGCGAUCGUUCAUCAUGGCGGGACCAUCCAACGGAACGCAAAAAGGCUCGGCUAGCAGAGGUAGCAAACGCAAACUCAGCGAAGCAAAGACGACACCGACGAGGCAGAACAAGAAGCAAAAGCAAAAGCCUACGUCUGGUCAGGCCAAGACAGUUGCCGAACAGAAUGCCAAAGCGAUACCUGACGCAGCGAGUCAGGAAGGUGAAGCGGUCUCAGGAAGGGAGGCCGAGGUGGCAGCGGAUACGGCGGGCGUGAUGGAGAACGUUGGGGAUGAAACGGUCGAAGUGGAAGAACAACCCGUUCCACCUCCUGCUCCUGAGCAAACCGACAACCCGGUCUCCAAUCCUUUACCCACCAAGAUCACCGCCACGAUCACUCAACCUUCUUUACCUGCCGGUCCCGCCCCACCCCUCUUUACCACCCACAAAUACCACCGCCUAGCCCCUCCAAAACCAUCAUCGUCGACCCUCCCGCUACCACACGCCUCGACUACAUCCCGUCCACGAGGAGCCUCCACGACCAACCCGACGAGGGAGAUCAAGAGAAGAGAUGUCAUCUACGUCACGAAAAAUACGGGUCUGGGGAGUUAUUUGAGACGCUGUAAAAAGUUGUUGGUGGAGGAAGGUCACGCCCAAAUAACGCUCCAUGCACUAUCGGCCGCCAUCCCACACGCCCUCCUCGUCCUCCACUCUCUGCUCGACAUCCUCCCCUUUCCCAAGAAGCACGUAUCGCACGAGUUGAAGAGCAGUAGUGUAAAGUGUUUUGACGAGUUGAAGAGUACGGGCGGGAGGAAGAGGAAGGCAGGUGGGGACGAGGGGGAAAUAGUGGGAGAUGCGGAUGGGGCUGGGACGGGAGGGGACGAGUGGGAACCGGUCUUGUUCGAUGAGGAAGAGCCAGAAGGGGCCGUCAGGGUCCGGAUCAAGUCAGCCGUAGAGAUCAUCAUCAAGGUCGGACCGGCCCAUGCUAGAUCGACCGUUACCCCGCAAGAUCGGCAGAAACAGAAGCAAAAAGAGGUCGAGAUGCUGGAUGCGGUACGGAACGAGCCGGCCCCGAAAAAGGUGGAUUUUGCCGGCGUGAAUGCCAUCGCGAACGCGAAUGAGGGGAAGGGGGACAAGGAUACGACAGGUACAGCGGGGAGCACGGCAUUACUCCCCGCCGUGUCAGAUGUACCUGCAGCGGGCGCACCAGCAGUGACGGACGGUGCGACACCACCCACGACGGAGAAGGGGAAGAAAAAGAACAGGCCGUCGAAGGCCAAGAGGAUGGCGCGAAGAAAGGUCAUCCUCGCAGAGAAAGAAGCUGAGCUGGGAAAACAGGCGGCCGCAGAAGGUCAGAAGGCCAAGGGGGGAGUUGAGGAGGGCGAUGAGGAGGAGAUGAUGAACAUGACGUGAUCGGGUUAGAGAGAGUUCGCGCUAUGAACAAGAGAGAGAUGAAAUGAGUGGAAUGUUGUCUAUUCCUGCAUCGAAGCAGAGGGCGGAGCAUAAUAUCUUGCCUCCGGGAAUGUACGACCGCUGCAUAAUCGUGUACAUACGUGUUUAUACCACUCAUUCGAUGGUACCCUUGC